AUAGAAAAUCAUUUUGACAAUGUAAUGGUAAUAACAUGGCUACCGCGAGUAGUCCAUACAACUCAACAGAAGAGACUACGAAUGCUAACAGGGCGUGUCGCCUUCUGCUUGGUCCCUGUACCGAUCAACUUAGAGAUGUUCUACGCAAAAAGGUGCCACCGCCUACAUUUGCCGCAGAAAUUAUAAAACCAAAGCAUAAUCUACCGAGAUUAACUCCACAGCAACGAGAUCUAAUUUUGCCAAGGAAUGGGUCCUACUCUGGAAAUUAUGAUGACUUUGAUAUUUCACUAUUGUACAUUCUUUUAAGAAAUAUAUGCAAAAUUACACCUCAUAAAAAUAGCUGGGGGAAAGUCCCAGAUGUAACUGAUGUAUGCCUUUCUGCAAAUAUCGAAAGGAUACGAAUGGCUCGAAAUAGCACUGUCCACUCUGCAAGACCUUCCCUCACAAACUUUGAAUUUAAUGAUAUUUGGACGUCAGUUCGAGUUGCAGUAGUAGAAAUCGAUACAUUCCUUUCAAAUGGAAAUUUUUAUGAGAAGAAAGUUGACAUUUUGAGACACACAACAAUGGACCCUAUCCAAGACAAGCAUUACAGAGACCAACUGGCAAAACAAUAUGCCGAGGAUCAAACUACCAAAGAAUGUUUUCGCACACUUCAGGAAAACUUUGAAAGUAAUCUGAAAGAAACAGCGGACAGGAUAAAUCUCCUCGAGGAAAACAUUGGAAGUGAUCUGAGAGAAAAAGAAAACAGGAUAAGUCUCCUCGAGGAGACUCAAACAACAUUAAAGACCAGAUUACACAUAUCAUCCGAACUACAGAAGCAAAUUCAAGAUGAUUUAAAAGAAGAUUUACAGAGGCACAAAUCAACUUGCAUACCGGAAAACGUCAGAGAUCAACAUAAAAGAACUUUGCACAAAUGGAGGGAAAGCGUUUUCUUUGAAAUAUCCUCCUUUAAAAGCAUGAAAGAUUUUUUUCUUUCCAAUCAAAUUGUUGCUGUAAUUGGAUCUCCUGGGUCUGGGAAAACUGCAUUAAUCCGCCACAUCGCUUUACAGCUGGAGUCCAAAUAUCAGAUUGUUCCAAUCUCCAAACCUGAGGAUAUCAUCAACUUUGGUGACGUACACAGACCGCAAAUAUUUGUCAUAGAUGAUGUUUUAGGCGUGUUUACCUUAGAGAGAAGUUUGUUAUCAGAUUUAGAAAGACAUAGAGAACAAAUCGAAAAUGUUCUAGAUAAGCAAUCAAAGAGGUCAAAGUUAUUUAUGUCCUGUAGAUUAGCAGUGUACAAUGAGGCAAAGGAUUUAGAUGUAGUGUUUUUUGAAGAGGAUAACAUCCUUAACUUAAAUAAUGAAGAUAACACUCUUACUUUGGAAGAUCAAAAAGGUAUAUUUGAAUCUCACUUAAUGAAUAAAGGGAUUUCAUAUAAUCUCGACUUAAACUUUCUGCAUGAAAAAGGAGAGUUCAUGUUUCCACUUCUUUGUCAAAUGUUUAGCAGCGAUACAUUCAUUAGAGAAUAUAGAUCAGAUUUUUUUAAAUAUCCGUAUAAAUGUUUGCUUUUAGAAAUAGAAAAAAUGAAAACAAGAAAUAAGCUGCAAUAUUCUUCCAUGGUUCUCUGUAUGUUGAACAACAACAGCCUAUCUGAAGAAAUGUUAUUAGAUAGUAGAAUGUUCAAUCUAGUGCGCAGUUCUUGCAAAGUUAAAGGAUGUCCUCAAUUCUGGGAAAUAAUUCAGGAAUUGUCACACCUAAGAGGUACAUAUAUCACGGAAAACGAUCAAAGAUAUACUUUUAUCCAUGAUUUAAUAUUUGAAGUUGUUGCCUUUCAUUAUGGCCAGCAAUUUCCUGACCAAAUUAUAGAUCAUAUGAACAGUAAUUUCAUUGCAAACAGAGUUGUUUUAGAAAACACAGACAAUGAAAACGACCUCUGUAUUAAAAUCAGAAAGGCACAGUAUGAACAUCUUGCAAAAAGAUUAUACGAGGAUGUAAAGAAAGGAAAAUUACACGAUGUGUUUCUAAAUAAAGCAUUGACUGAUAAAGACUUUCAAAAGCAGUUCAUAAGCAUUUUGGCACCUUACAAUGAUGUCAAGAAAUAUUUCUUAUUACCAAGGGAAGAAUGUUUCGACAGUGUUAUUCUUGAUUCACAAAAAGAAAAUGAAAAAGAUGUCGAGGAAACAGUUGGACAAAGGGAGUAUGAAAGACAAAAUCUUCUACUUGACCUCAAAUGUAUUGGCGGAAAGAAUAUUUAUGAAAUACGCGCUAUCAGUUUCAUUGUUUAUUAUGGUCACCUCGAUAUACUGAAAUUUAUAAUUAACUUGGUGGGUAGGCAUGAUCAGCACAAAGACAUUGUUUUUGGAUCUACACAGGAAGAACAAGUUAGAUUACUGGUUUUAGCAUGUUUUGAUGGAAAUUUAGACAUGGUAAAAUUUUUGGUAAAUAAUUUUGGAAAGACAAUUAUUAACAGCAUGCCUGUAGUAGAUCUCGAUAUGUCAGACAAUCAACACAGAUUCAUAACUCCAGUGAUUGCUGCUUGCUUGAAAAUGAAACAUGAUGUUGUAAAAUAUUUAGUUAAUAAUGGAGCAAAUUUAAAUAUCACAAAAAGUUUUUACCCAGCUUUGUGGACUCCAACUAGAAUUGGUGAUCUCAAAACAAUAAUAAACUUACUUGAAUAUGGUGCUGAUUGUAACAUAUGUGAUGGAAUGGGAAAUUCUCCUCUGUACGUUGCGUCAGAAUUUGGUUACUUGGAUGUCGUUGAAAAACUUAUUGAACAUGGUGCUAACGUCAAUCAAUGUACUAAUUUUGGUUCUUCACCUCUAUUAAUAGCGUCAUCGAAAGGCCAUCUUCCUGUUGUUGAAAAACUCAUUCAGAACAAUGCCGACAUCAAUAAGUGUGAUAUACACAACCAGACAUCUCUACAUUUAGCAUCUCAAAAUGGACAUUUGUCAGUUGUAGAAAUAUUACUACGGAACGGUGCUGAAUGUAAUAGAGGUGACAAAAAUCAAAUAACACCUUUACACAGAGCAUCAUAUAAAGGUCAUCUUCCUGUUGUAGAAAAACUUAUUGAACAUGGUGCCGACAUCAACAAAUGUGAUAAUAAAGGUCGGUCAUCUCUGCAUUUUGCAUCACAAAAUGGUCAUCUUCCUGUUGUAGAAAAACUUAUUGAACAUGGUGCCGACAUCAACAAGUGUGACAAAGAAGGUUGGUCAUCUCUGUUUUGUGCGUCUGUAAAUGGUCAUCUUCCUGUUGUAGAAAAACUUAUUGAACAUGGUGCCGACAUCAACAGUUGUGAUAAUGAGGGUCGGUCAUCUCUGUAUGUAGCUUCACAAGAAGGUCAUUUUCCUGUCGUAAAAAAUCUUAUUGAACAUGGUGCCGACAUCAACAACUGUGAUGGGAAAGGUUGGUCUUCUCUGCAUUUGGCAUCAAAAAAUGGCCAUCUACCUGUUGUAGAAAAACUUAUUGAACAUGGUGCCGACAUCAACAAUUGUGAUAAUGAAGGUAUGUCAUCUCUGCAUUUUGCAUCACAAAAUGGACAUCUCCCUGUUGUUGAAAAACUUAUUGAACAUGGUGCUGACAUCAACAAGUGUGAUAAUGAAGGUCAGUCAUCUCUGCAUUUGGCACAAAAAAAUGGUCAUUUUCCAGUUGCAGAAAAACUUAUUGAAAAUGGUGCCGAUAUCAACUAUUGUGAUAAUGGAGGUUGGUCAUCUCUGCAUUUUGCAUCAUUUGGUCAUCUUCCUGUAGUUGAAAAACUUAUUAAAAAUGGUGCCGACAUCAACUGUUGUGAUAAAAAAGAUAGGUCAUCUCUGCAUUUUGCAUUGCGCGAUGGAAGUCUCCCUGUUGUAGAAAAACUUACUGAACAUGGUGCCGACAUACACAAGUGUGAUAAUGAAGGUCGGUCAUCUCUGCAUUCGGCAUCACAAGGUGGACAUUUGUCUGUUGUUGAAAAACUUAUUGAACAUGGUGCCGACAUCAACAAGUGUGAUAAUGAAGAUCAGUCAUCUUUGUAUUUAGUAUCUCAAAAAGGGCUUCUGAAUAUUGUUGAAAAACUUAUUGAACAUGGUGCCGAAAUCAACAGUUGUAAUCAAUAUGGACGGUCACCUCUAUUCAUAGCAUCUUCGGAAGGCCAUCUUCCUGUUGUUGAGAAACUCAUUCAGAACAAUGCUGACAUCAACAAAUGUGAUAUUGAAGGUCGGUCAUCUCUGCAUUAG